GAACGUAUGUUUUUCCGAACUUGUACGACUACUGAUUAGUAAACAAAUGUGUAAUGUAAACACAUUUGAUUUUCACUAAAUACUGUUAAAGGGUGGGUCGCACAAAUGGCGAACUUCCGGUAGUAGUCCAGUUGUCGAGAACGCGGUUUGGGGAAAUAACCAGAACGCGCUUAAUUAAUUCACUAUCUCCGAACACUACGGGACACCGGACAGCGACGUGUGUACACAUUGGCUACGACUACGACAGGAUGUCAGACAGCGAGUCCAUCAAGAAAAUGCUGCGCUCUGUACUCCAAUCUAGCAAGGAGGGUGUGAAUAUUCAAAGCCUGCAGUUUGAGUACCGCUCACUCUGUGGAGAGAAUAUCCCGUUGAGAAAACUGGGCUUCCUCAAUUUGGAAGACUAUCUCCGAAGCAUACCCUCUGUGGUGCGGCUGGACUACCACAAUGGAGAAUUGAGAUGCUACGCAGGAGUCUGCAGUGAGACGGCACACAUCGCCCAGCUGGUAGCACGACAGAAGAGUUCCAAGAGAUCGGGAUGCUCCCAAAUCGUCAACUGCAAGAUGAGACGCAUAGCUUCCGACCCUUACAUGCGUCGUGGGUGGCCCGUGUCCUCUCUACGGCAGCCUUCAGGUGGCGGUGCUUUGAGGCCAGCCAACCGCUUUCAACCCCAUGGUGGCUACAGAAGCUUCAGCGACUCGCAUGAUGUCAAGUCCAGGCAAGCCGGCCAGUCCUUUAUGCUACCAGUAGAGCACCGACAAUCAGCGCCUCAGCCAGUUGUGAAACCGUCUGCUGCACCUGACAGGGCCAAGAAGUUGGUAAUGCCCCAGAAAUCCAAAGAGAAACCAGCCGAACAAGUCUCCAGAAACAACUGCCCUGAGUCAACACUGUAUGACAAGACUGUGGUCCAGAGAAGAUUAAUCCAGCUUUUGAAGAAGUACUGCUCUGGGCUGUGGAUCUCGAAACUGCCAACUGUCUUCAGUGAAAUGUUCAAGCAGCAGCUCCCUCCUCAGGCGCUCAAUGAUCUGGAAAAGUGGACAGACGUUUGUAUGGUAGAGAAGUCAUGUAGCACCAAAGGCGACUUCCUGGUUUACCCCCCUCUGCCUUCUUCAUCUGCGCCACAAAGCAGCCUGUCUGAAGGCCCUGCAAAACCUUCCGUCAACUUGAGCACGAUAUGUACAUUAGAUUCUUCACAGGUGUCCACCUCUGACCCUAGAGUUGGCUCCAUAGAGACCGUAGCUAACCCAGCACUCACUUUGGCUUCACAGCCAACAGAUUAUUUUACAUCUUUGGAGGUGCCACAAAAGUUAGGCAAUAGUCUGGCAGUCACACCUGACGUCAACCUUGAACAAACUGCUCAUCCUUUGGCACCUAUGAGGAAAUAUCCUCCAAAAACCAACACUCCUGCAAUUACUCCUCCUUGUCAUACCCCCUCUGAAGAUUUACCACCACAAAAGUCCACCUCAUCAUUGAACUCUUGCCCUUAUCCUCCCGUUAAGUCCUGUGCUGCCAUUUUGCCCGCUGAUGUGUGUCAAAGACUAAAGGAACUUCUAUCCAAGUACACGAAUGGGCUGUGGGUCCAUGCGUUGCCCAAACUUUUCCUGGAUGCUUACAAGGCCCCAUUCCCUGAGCUUUUUAUGGAUAAAUUAUCUCUCCUUCCGGACCUCUGCACUGUGGAAUACCCUAUUCCACAUGACGGCAAGAAGGCCAUCAUAUAUGCACCCAUGAGAGUAAAACUGGAAGGAACUGCGAGUACACACAGUCAGAACACCAGAAGCGACCAGCUUCCAUCUGGUCUGGAGGUCACUGGCCCUGUAGUUCCUGCCUGUCUAGUUCAUCCCUCAAUGCAGUAUCCCUCUGUGCUGGUUACUGAUGCCAAAAGCAGUAACAUAGUUACUAUCAGGUAUGUUGGCGAGGACUAUUCCACAGCCCAGGAGGCAAUGGAGGAUGCUAUGCUUUCCUUGUAUGAACAAAGCACCACCGUCCAGCCUCUCUCAGAACUUGCUGUGGGUCAGCUCGUAGCAGUCAAGGGGGAGAAUGGCAACGACCUGACUCGAGCUCAGGUUAUUAAAGUGACCAACAACAUCAUCAAGGUUUACUAUUUGGAUCACGGCUUUGCUGCGGAGAUUCCUCUAGAAAAUCUUCUGCCUUUGCACCAUGACUUCCUUUCACUGCCCUUCCAAGCCACCAAUGUUAGGCUGGCAGGUUUAGAGGCAUUCAGUUCCCAUCCCGCUGUGUUGUCCUGCUUGGAGAAGGUUGCGGUUGGAAAGAUUCUGCUCAUGGAGAUACUGGGUUCUUCUACUCACCCAAAUGACUUGCCUGAGGUGUUGCUUUAUGACACCUCACAAGAUGAUGACAUCAAUAUCAACUCUGUCUGCUUAAAGGAGCUGCAAGACAAAACCAUGAAUAACCCCUUAACCGUGAAUUCUAUCUAUCAGGGUGUAUGUGUCACAAAUAUUUGUGCGGAAGGCAUCGUCUUUUGCCAGCUGCCCUCCAGAGGAACCACAAGACUUAGCAAAUUAUUGGAAGAAACAGAAGCAUUUUUGUUCUCCCAGAUGACCUCUGAGUACUUGGUUUCUAAACCCUUCAAUGGCAAGAUGUGUCUGACCUGCUAUAAAGACAAAUGGUGCAGAGCAGAGAUAACCAACCUUCAUGGCAACAGGGUCAUUGAAGUGGUCUUAAUUGAUUUGGGCGUCAUGGCAACAGUAGAGGUCACUGAACUUCGAGAGAUACCCCCUCUUUUCCUCCAAGACUUUGCCCUCAUCCCACCACAGGCCAUUAAAUGUCGUCUGGUGGAUGUGACCGUUCCAGAAGGUGACUGGAGCCUAGAAAUUGUUUCCUGGUUGAAGAAUGCUGUCCUGGGGGUUGAUGAUUGUAAAAUGAAGAUUGUGAAGUUGGAGGAGCACAAAGAAGGGAUACUUGUGUACAUGUACCUAUUUGUUGCUGCUGACCACGAGGACAUGCAUCAGAGCAUCAACCAUAAAUUGAGCGACCCAGAAUUAUGGCAGACACUCAAUGGCAAAAAAGGCUGCACGGCUACUGGAAAUGGCAGUGAUUCAGUCAAGAGACUGGCUGUGAGCAACCCAACUUGUCUUCAUCCACAACUAUGUGAAUCAUCUUCAGCAGAAACAAUCACCACAAUGCCGCCACCUCUGGAGCUCCCACUGCUUGGUCAGAACAUGGAUGUUUAUGUACCAGCGGCUUGCCACCCUGGUUAUUUCGUGCUGCAGCCGUGGCAGGACCUGCAUAAAUUGGUCGUGUUGAUGGGACAGAUGAUGCUCUACUACAAUCAGACUGUCACCACCACAACUGGGCAGAUCAAGAAAGGAGACAUCUAUGCAGCCAAAAUAGGCAAAAAUUGGUACCGUGCAGUGGUGAAGGGGAUUCUGUCCAACGGCCUGAUUUCCAUUUACGAGUUGGAUCACGGAAAACAUGAACUCAUGCGCAGCUCUUUCCUCCGACCUUUGAUUGAGGAAUUUCGACAGCUGCCUUUUCAGGCCAUCAUUGCGCAGCUGGUGUGCCAAAGUGCCAAUGGUCAGAAGCCACGUCCUUGGUUCAUGGAGAUACUGGGUUCUUCUACUCACCCAAAUGACUUGCCUGAGGUGUUGCUUUAUGACACCUCACAAGAUGAUGACAUCAAUAUCAACUCUGUCUGCUUAAAGGAGCUGCAAGACAAAACCAUGAAUAACCCCUUAACCGUGAAUUCUAUCUAUCAGGGUGUAUGUGUCACAAAUAUUUGUGCGGAAGGCAUCGUCUUUUGCCAGCUGCCCUCCAGAGGAACCACAAGACUUAGCAAAUUAUUGGAAGAAACAGAAGCAUUUUUGUUCUCCCAGAUGACCUCUGAGUACUUGGUUUCUAAACCCUUCAAUGGCAAGAUGUGUCUGACCUGCUAUAAAGACAAAUGGUGCAGAGCAGAGAUAACCAACCUUCAUGGCAACAGGGUCAUUGAAGUGGUCUUAAUUGAUUUGGGCGUCAUGGCAACAGUAGAGGUCACUGAACUUCGAGAGAUACCCCCUCUUUUCCUCCAAGACUUUGCCCUCAUCCCACCACAGGCCAUUAAAUGUCGUCUGGUGGAUGUGACCGUUCCAGAAGGUGACUGGAGCCUAGAAAUUGUUUCCUGGUUGAAGAAUGCUGUCCUGGGGGUUGAUGAUUGUAAAAUGAAGAUUGUGAAGUUGGAGGAGCACAAAGAAGGGAUACUUGUGUACAUGUACCUAUUUGUUGCUGCUGACCACGAGGACAUGCAUCAGAGCAUCAACCAUAAAUUGAGCGACCCAGAAUUAUGGCAGACACUCAAUGGCAAAAAAGGCUGCACGGCUACUGGAAAUGGCAGUGAUUCAGUCAAGAGACUGGCUGUGAGCAACCCAACUUGUCUUCAUCCACAACUAUGUGAAUCAUCUUCAGCAGAAACAAUCACCACAAUGCCGCCACCUCUGGAGCUCCCACUGCUUGGUCAGAACAUGGAUGUUUAUGUACCAGCGGCUUGCCACCCUGGUUAUUUCGUGCUGCAGCCGUGGCAGGACCUGCAUAAAUUGGUCGUGUUGAUGGGACAGAUGAUGCUCUACUACAAUCAGACUGUCACCACCACAACUGGGCAGAUCAAGAAAGGAGACAUCUAUGCAGCCAAAAUAGGCAAAAAUUGGUACCGUGCAGUGGUGAAGGGGAUUCUGUCCAACGGCCUGAUUUCCAUUUACGAGUUGGAUCACGGAAAACAUGAACUCAUGCGCAGCUCUUUCCUCCGACCUUUGAUUGAGGAAUUUCGACAGCUGCCUUUUCAGGCCAUCAUUGCGCAGCUGGCAGGUGUGCCAAAGUGCCAAUGGUCAGAAGCCACGUCCUUGGUCUUCAGGAACCAUGUGGAGAAGCAAGCACUUGUGGCCCAGAUUGAAAAUAUCCAAGAUGAGUCAGAUGUCCCAGAGGAACUAUGGGAGCGCAAGUUAACUGUGUAUUUAGUGGACACCAAAGUAGACGACAAGGACCUUUGGAUCCACACCCUCAUGGGGGACAUGUGCAGUGAGCCAUCUUCCCCUACUUAGAGACACAGCAAUGUUGUUUCUAAUGUUGGAUUUAGUUUGCUGUACCUGAUGCAUGUUAUUGAGAUAUUUGUUUUUGUGCAUGUACUUUUGAAAUAUGACAGAGUUCCCUGCUUUUUGUUAGCAUGCUUCUGUUUUAAAAGCUUGCAAGUGCAAUUUAAAAAGAAAUUGACAGUG